CUGUAAAGAUUUAUGAGAAGCGAUACCGCAUCUUUCGCUGACAAAAGGACUACUUGUAGGCUACCACAAGGACUGUGCCACGAAACACACAAGGAGCCUUUGACAGCCACUGAAGCGGACUCGAGUGGCAUAUCAAGCAGCGUCCUGGAGAUAGCGAGUCGUUGGGGCUAUAUACCCGUAUUAAAAGACAUCCUUUUGAUUAUUGUACGAAGAAUGGGAUUACUUAUUUUGUUUUUAAAGAAGAAGGAGUAGUCUAACCACAGUCACCUCGAUCACCAAACAAAUGUGUAACGAAUGCGCCCUUCUUGUGCCGCGGGUGCGCACAAGUCAGAACUACAGAGCCCGCAAGAUCAUCGAUUCGCGCUUUGAUUUUGUGUUGUGUCCGUAAUAAAGGAGAGAAGGGAACGAAGGUAAAAGCGCAUCAAAAGGAACAUUUCCAAUUCCAAGCAUGACGACCAGGAUAUUAUACUUAGUUUGGUCUGCGGCAUUUCUCGCCGAGCUGCAGUGUGCCUCGCAAAGGACCACCGCAGGUCUUGCCUUCCCCAGCGCGGGGCUCGGCAACAGUAGUAGUGGUGAUGCAAACAGCAAAAAAGACUCUAAUCAGACAUACAACUCUCGACUGAAAAGAAAAAAUUUGGCCGUGGAUUUUGCGGUGCCCUCUCUGCUGCGCUACUACAUGGCGGAGUUGAUAAAACGCCCACUUAACGGAGAUUGUCUGACUUCUAACGGCUGCUAUACUGUGCGCGCUAACUUAAGGAUGCACUGCAUUCCCCUGCAAAAAAUCGUGGCUACUUUUCUUGACCCACAGUUGGCGACAAUCGAUAGCAUGGCAGCGGAUAAUUCAUCAACCAGUGCUGGUGGACAGCUCCCCUACCGCUACAAGCGACCGCUAUCCAAAGUUCUGGAUUUGGGGCUGACGAAAGCCAGUCGUAAAUCGAAUCAAGUCGUGGUGGAAAUUGGGGAGGACAUGGUUAAAACAGGAUGCGGUGGACUGGCAGUUUACGAGGAAGACCCGGUGUUUUUCAUGGAAAUGGACCUAACAAGUAUUUUGGAAUGGUGGUUGGGCGCGGAAGGAGGUCGCCUAAGAGUCCGGCUCAUGCCCGAAAAGAAAGCACAGGUUCCCGGGAGAGAGGACAAGUACACCGCAGCAAUACGAGCUGCAGACCCACGCCUCUUUCUUCAUAUAGCCUCUCGAGGUGAGCUGCUGGUGCGUCAGUCUGGGUCCGGUGUCCCAAGAAGUUACUGGAAUUUCUCCUGGAUGGCCGAGGAUGAGCUGAACUCCCCCAAACCCAUGGCUCCGACAGCAGAUACCAGGUGCCCCGGCAGGAGGAAGUCAUGCGACCACCUGUACACAGACGAGAAUCCUGAUUUCACGUGGAGCGUGGUGGCGGCGGAGAACCCCUGGGAAGAGGGAAGCAAGAAGAUUGAAAGGAAGAGAGCAAGUCCACAGGGCUGGGAGGAAGGUCAGUUUUUCUGGGUGAACAGUUCCGUGUUGGCCGGGCCCUGGGUCCUGAGUCCCUGGUUGUGGGGAGGUCGGGAGCGAUGUGGGCUGGACAUGUCCGUUUUCCUUCAUCCCCAGCAGAGUGGACGCUACACUGUGUGGCUCAUCGAGAGGGACAAACAUCCGCUUAAACUCAUGUCCACGGACACACUGCCACGCAUCACAGGCUGGGCGGUUGUCCACCUAACCCUGGGGCCACGUGGAACUGAGCCCUUUCGGAUCCAGGCCAGCUACGACCAGCCAAUUGAGCAAGACACCACCACGGCUGCCACCAUUGAACCCAGCUUCACCACCAACUGCACAGUGGAUCCCUCCCAAUUCCACAACAUUACCCUGCAGGGCCAGUAUCACUGUGACCAGGGCUCGGGGGUUCGUCUCAGUCAGCUGUGUGACUUCAGGACGGACUGCCCACUCGGUGACGAUGAAGGGGAAAUGUGCCGUCAGUUUCUCAACGGCAGUUAUUGCUCAUUUGAGGACGGCGAAUGUGGCUGGCAGCCAAUAGCAGCCAAGGGAUCAUCCUGGAUGCGUGUCCAUGCCCUUCCAAAGGGGGUGCGGCCAAGCUGUCCAUCAUCCUCAGGUGCAAUGUUCAUUGUGGAUGGAGGGCAUUCCAAGGGUCAGCUGGGGUCAGCGUUGCUCAGGAGCCCUCUAUUCCCCCCUCCCCUAAGAAACUCUCCAUGUGAGGUACGGUUCUGGAUGUGUUCCGGAGGUGGCCAGAAGGGGGCACUGUCUUUGUGGCUGGUAAAGAACAGCACCAGACCAGAGGAACAGCAGAGAAUGUGGCAAUCUGCCAGUGAGCCCAAGGCUGAGAGAGGCUGGAGACUCAUUUCCAUUCCUCUCUACGGACUUGUUGACUGGUUCUGGCUCCAGUUCAGAACAGAUCAUGGACCUGGUCCAGGAUCAGCCAUUUGUCUGGACAACAUUUCCUUCAGUAUGGACUGCUUCCUGGCCUCAAAUGGUGAAUUUCCUCCUACGGUAACCAACACCAAUACAAUUCAGAAACCAACAAAUCAGAAUAUCAAAACAACUACUCCGUCCAAUGGAAACACAAGAAUCUUUUCAGAACUUCCCACUUCGACUGAUUCAUCAAAAUGGGCCUUUCACACUUGUGGGGCAUUUGGUUCGGAGGGGCCCUCACCAACCCAGUGUAGCAGCUCCUAUCGGGAUAGCAAUGUCAAUGUUACGGUGGCAACCAGAAGCCCUUUCAAAGGCAUCCAAAUCUGGCGGGUACCAAAGACUGACACGUACAGGAUCACAGCUUGUGGGGCUGCUGGGGGUCGCAGCGUAUUGACCAUGACCAAGUCACAUGGCAUCCAGCUCACAGCGGACUUUCUGCUUCUGAAGGGCGAGUUGAUAUACAUCCUGGUGGGACAAAAAGGAGAAGACGCCUGCCCCAACACAAAUGGGAUGCUGAACAAGAUCUGCGUGGAGCAGACACCCUUUGACAACAAGACGCAGGUCAAAGGGGGUGGUGGCGGAGGCGGCGGAGCCACCUAUGUUUUCAAGGUUCAAAGGGGUGUCCACAUCCCCCUGAUCAUCGCAGCCGGUGGCGGGGGACGUGGGUACAGCAGCCAGUCAGAAAGCCAGGAGGAGUUGAUAGACAGCCCCGACAUCAUGGGGCGCAAUGGCAAGUCCGGAGCGGCAGGUGGGGGCGGAGGUUGGAAUGACAGUAACCCUGGGUAUCAAGGAGGGAGGCCUCUUAUACUGGGUGGCCAGGGGGGGCAACCCUGCCAAAAGUUGGGCUGGCAGACCCAUGGGGGCUUUGGGGGAGGAGGAGGCGCCUGUAUAUCUGGUGGCGGAGGAGGGGGCUAUAGAGGUGGCAGCACCUCUGAAGCUAAUGACCCAAAGCAGGACGGAGAGGAUGGUUCGUCUUUCAUCAGCCCAGAGGGAGUGAUCUUCCUGGACCCUCUGAAAGUUAUGGAAAGCGAUGGAGAGGUAAUCAUCGGCUCCGUGCAGAACUGUAGUCACUGCGAGACGGGCGACUGUCACAGGAACGGGGAGGAAACCAACUGUUACUGUGACGACGACCUCAAACUUGCCCUCGACGGAGUGUCUUGUGUCAACAAAUCAACAGUGGUUUCACCUUUGCCACCCCAUCCCUCGCUGUCUCAUCUGGCUCUGGGUUUGUCCGUCGGGACCUCAGCCCUAAUCGCCGCCCUGCUACUGGCUGUGUCUGGAGUCAUGAUCAUGUACAGACGAAAACACACGGAGUUACAGUCCAUCCAGCUGGAGCUCCAAAGCCCAGACUGUAAGCUGAGCAAGCUGAGGGCCUCCACCAUAAUGACCGACUACAACCCCAACUACUGCUUUGCUGGAAAGACUGCCUCUGUCAAUGACCUGAAAGAGGUGCCCAGACGUAACAUCUCCCUCACCAGGGGUUUGGGUCAUGGUGCCUUCGGUGAGGUGUAUGAAGGGAUGGCUGUGGGCAUUCCCGGUGAACCUAGUCCCAUGCAAGUAGCAGUCAAGACACUUCCUGAGGUGUGCUCUGAGCAGGAUGAGCUCGACUUUCUGAUGGAGGCUCUCAUUAUCAGUAAAUUCAGCCACCAGAACAUAGUGCGAUGUGUAGGAGUGAGCCUACAGGCCUUGCCACGUUUCAUCCUGCUGGAACUCAUGGCCGGAGGAGACCUAAAGAGUUUCCUUAGAGAGACCAGGCCCAGACUGGAGCACCCCUCAAGUCUGUCCAUGGUGGACUUGCUCAACGUGGCCAGAGACAUAGCGCAGGGAUGCCAGUACCUGGAGGAGAACCAGUUUAUACACAGGGACAUUGCAGCUCGUAACUGCCUGCUCACUACCAAAGGCCAGGGGAGAGUGGCCAAAAUCGGGGACUUUGGAAUGGCCAGGGACAUCUACAGAGCCAGCUACUACAGAAAGGGUGGACGCGCCAUGUUGCCUGUGAAGUGGAUGCCUCCUGAAGCGUUCAUGGAGGGGAUCUUCACAUCCAAAACGGACACGUGGUCUUUCGGAGUGCUGUUAUGGGAGAUCUUUUCCCUGGGCUACAUGCCCUAUCCCAGUCGCAGUAACCAGGAAGUCUUGGAGUUUGUGACCAGUGGUGGGAGGAUGGACCCUCCCAAAAACUGCCCAGGGCCCGUGUACCGGAUCAUGACCCAGAGUUGGCAGCAUCAACCGGAGGACAGGCCAAACUUCUCCACCAUCUUGGAAAGGAUUGACUACUGCUUACAGGACCCUGAUGUUGUGACAGUUCCUUUGCCUGUGGAAUAUGGCCCCAUUCCGGAAGAGGAGGAGCAGGUCCCGAUGCGCCCCGAGGACCCAGCCGCCUCCCCUCUGCUGGUGUCCGCCCAGACACCCGGGGAGGGCUCCGCACCGCCAACCUCCGCCACCCGCCCUGGGGAGGGCGACCGACAAGCCGAGCAGCCCCUUCUCCUUCCCAGCGGCGAGCCCGCUGAUAACAGUAAGGUCCUGGCGAUGGCGGUGCAACCGCCCCAAUCUUACCCCCAGCCACAACCUCACCUCCAGACGUUUGCCCCGACCGUCCCUGCCUCCUCCCUGCAGCCCAACCCAGAGGGGGGCCACGUCAAUCUGGCCUACACCCAGGGCCAGCCAGCGGAUAAGGAGGGACGCAACGGGAAGCCCACCAACUUGUGGAACCCCACCUACGGCUCCUGGUUCCUUCAGCAGCAGAGAAAGCAGCAGCAGCAACAGCAGCAGCAGAAGCAGGGCAGAGUGGGAGGAGGAAUGGGGAGUGGGAGGGUGCCUGGCGAGGGGCAGGAGCACCAGGGGCGGACUGUGGCCGAGGCAGCGGGGGCUCUGGGUCUCCAGCAGCAGUUUCAGCCGCCGUAUCCCUUCCCUCCACAGCAGCAGAUGCAGCUCCAGCAGAUCCAGUUACUGCAGCAACAACAACAGCAGCAGCAGGGGCUCUGCAGGCCCCUUUUGCCCCCACCGCCCCCGCCUCAGAACACGGGUAGCGCCGCCGCCGCCCCGCUUCUGCUAGAUUCAGCCGCCCUCCCCCCGGUCCCCCUAUUCAGACUCCGGCGCUUCCCCUGCGGGAACAUCGGCUACGGCUACCAGGAGCAAGGGCUGCCUCUGGAGGUGACCCACCGCCACCCUAACCCGGGCUCGGUCAACCCCCCGCCCCCGCCCCCCCCUCCCCCGCCGCCCGCUGCUCCACAGAGGGGAGCGGCAGGGGCCCAGCUAUCGCUGGGCCGCUCGACAGCCGGCAAAUCUGAGGACAGCCGGCCGCUGCUGGUCACCAUGGGGACGGUGCAGGACCCCAGGCUCCCGCGGAUGGAGGGUCACAAUGCCACAGUGCUUUAA